CCUAAAUAGAACAGGAUAGUAUGUUAGAGGCCAGCUGACAGAGCAGAGGCCUACUGCUGCUCAGUGACAUGGAGAGACUGGAGCAAGCUCUGUUCCGCCUGGAACAAGGUUUUGAACUGCAGUUCCGUCUUGGCCCUACCCUUCAGGGUAAGGAAGUCCAGGUCUACACUAACUACCCUACCAAAAGCCACAAGUUUGAUAGCCAAAAGUUCCAUCCUCUGGACUGGGUCUAUCCAAAUGGCCAGGAGGAUGACUGUGAUAAAUACUGCAGACUAGACUUAAUGGUGGCUGGAUCUUACCAGUACUACUUCUCCUGUGGGGAUAAAGAGAAAGUGAGUGGUGGCUACAUUGUUGUCGAUCCUGUGUUGAGGGUGGGAGCCAACAAUGACAUCCUCCCACUGGACUGCAUCAGCAGCCAAACAUAUUUGGCCAGGUGCCUUGGCCCACUGGACAAAUGGCUCGACAGGGUCAGAGUCGCCAAGGAGACUGGCUACAACAUGAUCCAUUUUACCCCGCUGCAGAAGCUUGGUGUGUCUGGCUGCUGCUACUCCGUGGCUGAUCAGCUGGAGUUAAACCCUGACUUCUCACCCAAUGGAAGGCCCUGUACUUGGAGAGACAUUGGUGAGCUAGUGGAGAUGCUGAGGAAAGACUGGGGCAUGGUCUGCAUCACUGAUGUAGUCUACAGUCACACAGCGGUUGACAGUGAGUGGAUUCACCUACAUCCUGAAUGUGGCUUCAACCUGGUUAACGCUCCUUAUCUGAAACCAGCGUGGGUCCUGGACAGAGCUCUGUGGCAUCUCAGCUGUGAGGUGGCUGAUGGGAAAUAUGCUGAACAAGGAGUGCCCGCACUUAUUCAAGAUGAACAACAUAUAAACGCGCUGCGCUGCAUACUGUGGCAGCAGGUCUUCUCCAGACUCAGGCUGUGGGAGUUCCUGCAGGUCAGUGUGGACUCAGCUGUGGAGCAGUUCAGACAGCUGCUACAGGCUGGUGGUUUAGGUGUCAGGUCUGGCUCCAGUCCAGAAUCUAAGAAGCAGCUAAAGAUGGUGCAGGACCCUCAGUACAGACGCUUUGGAAAUACAGUGGAUAUGAACUCUGCCCUGGACAUAUUCACACCUCACAGUGACAGUAUGAGCCCGUCAACCACCCAGGACUGCUGCAACUGUUUCAGAAGGAGACUGGAGGAGUUGAACUCAGAAUUGUAUAAAGAGAUAAACCAGCAUGCAGAGCAGGCGACUAACUGCAUUGUGGAAAAUGUAAUUUAUGAACGUCUUGCUGAUCAGGGGCCUAAACUGGGUCCAGUCACGAGGAAAAACCCUCUAUGUCCCAGGUAUUUCACCUUUCCAUUUGAAGAAAUGAACUUUGAAGAAGAAAUGCAACUGAUGGAGCAGAGAGAGAAGGCGUGUUACAUCCUGGCCCAUGAUGGCUUUGUGAAAGGAAAGGACCUGCAGUGGGACUUUGCUGAGCCAGGCUCAGAGGUCUACCUGCGGAGAGAACUGGUCUGUCAGGGCAGCACUGUCAAGCUUCGUUAUGGGGAGAAACCAGAGGACUGUCCUUACCUGUGGACUCGUAUGAAGGCAUACACAGAGAUUACAGCCAAGGUCUUCUCUGGAGUACGCCUGGUCAACUGCCUCUCCACCCCGGUGCAUGUGACUGAGGCGAUGCUUGCAGCAGCCAGAGCCAUCAAGCCUAACCUCUAUGUGAUAGCUGAGCUCUUUACCGGCAGUCAGCUUAUUGACAAUGUCUUUGUAAACCGCCUGGGAAUCACCAGUUUGAUGCGAGAUGCUAUAGAUGUUGUGGACCAUCAGGAAGAGGGGCACUGGCUGUCUUGGUUUGGCAGGGAGCCUGUAGGUGCCUUUGUACAGCCCAACCUUCGGCCUCUGAUCCCAGCUGUCGCUCACACCAUGUUCAUGGACAUGAGCCCCAGCAAUUACAGCCCCAUUCAGAAGUGUUCAGUUUACGAUUUCCUCCCCAACUCUACUCUGGUUUCUAUGGCCUGUUGUGCAACAGGCAGCACCAGAGGGCACGAUGAGCUGCUUCAUCAGAUCUCAGAGGAUCAUAAGUAUACUUGCUGGAACUCUGAGGCCCACACAUAUGACCAGGUCAACCUGCAGACUGGGAUCCUGGCUGGAAAGUUGGCACUAAACAGGCUUCACCAGGAGAUGGCUGCUGAGGGCUUCACUCAGGUGUAUGUGGAACAGCUGUGUGAGGGCGUGACUGCAGUGACCAGACACUGUCCCAGCAACCACCAGUCUGUGGUAGCUGUGUUGCGAAGGCCGGUCAAAAAUCCAGAGAGACACCAUUAUAAAGAUGAUGUUCCACCUAUGCGCAUACCAGGUCAGGUUAAAGAAGUGGUGCUGGAGGCUCAGACCAUUGUGAGCAACACCAACAGAAAAGAUGACAAAAACAUCAAUGGCCUGCCAGUGUGUACUGUAGAGAUCAAUGAACACAUUCAGCUGGAGGACAGUAAGGUGGUGAAAAAGGCAACCAUGGUGUCAAAACACAACGGUGUUAAUCAGGAUAUAGUGUUUGAAAAGUUCACACCAGGCAGCAUCAUCAUCUUUAGGGUGAGUCUGGAGCCCAGGUCCCAGGAGCAGCUGGGGGCUCUGAGACGCCACCUGAUCCAGUUUAGUCCUCAGUACCAGACUGGCAGCCUGGCUGAAAACAGCACUCCAUCUAUUCUCACCAAACCACUGAUGAGCAUCAUGUCCAAGCUGACCCUGGUUGACAUGAACAUGCUGCUGUACCGCUGUGAUGCUGAGGAGAGAGAGGAUGGCGGGGGAUGCUACAACAUUCCCUCUUGGCUACCUCUCAAAUAUGGAGGCUUGCAAGGGCUGAUGUCGGUGAUGGCAGAGAUCCGUCCAAAGAACGACCUUGGACAUCCACUCUGUGACAACCUGAGGCAGGGAGACUGGAUGAUGGACUACGUCUCUGACAGACUUUUGGCCAAGAGUGGGGCUUUGAAAGAGGUGGGCCAGUGGUUCCAGGUCAUGUUCAACUACCUGAAGCACAUCCCCCGCUACCUUAUGCCUUGUUACUUUGACGCCAUCAUUCAGGGCGCCUACACCACCGCUCUGGAGGCUGUUUUCAAACGCAUGUCAAGAUUUGUGCAGAACAGUUCUAGCCUGGUUAAACAGCUGGCACUGGGUUCGGUGCAGAUGUGUGGUGUGGAUCGCAGUUGUGCCCUGCCCAAACUCUCUCCUCACCUCAAAGACGUUACAUACUGCCUUGAUGAAGUUAGCAACCAGGAGGAGCAGUGUUGCGUGUCGCUGGCUGCAGGUCUUCCUCACCUCUGUGCUGGGAAAUUUCGUUGUUGGGGUCGUGACACAUUAAUAUCCCUGAGAGGACUGCUCUUGCUGACGGGCAGACACCUGGAGGCUCGGAACAUCAUCCUGGCAUUUGCGGGAACACUGCGUUGCGGCCUGAUCCCCAACCUGCUGGGCCAGGGUGGCAGUGCACGCUACAACUGCAGGGAUGCUGUGUGGUGGUGGCUACAGUGUAUCCAGGAAUACUGCACACUGGUACCCGAUGGAGUCUCCAUCCUCAAGUGUCCUGUCUCCAGGAUGUACCCUGAUAACACGUCUGAGCCUCAGCCUGCUCAAGCCUCGGAUCAGCCACUGUAUGAUGUUAUCCAGGAGGCCAUGCAGAGACAUGUGCAGGGUAUACAGUUCAGAGAAACCAACGCUGGGCCACAGUUAGAUUGCAUCAUGACUGAUGAAGGAUUCAGUGUAGAGGCUGGAGUGGACCAGAACACUGGCUUCAUCUACGGAGGAAAUCGUUUCAACUGUGGGACUUGGAUGGACAAGAUGGGUGAGAGUGAGAGGGCUCACAACAAGGGAAUCCCUGCUACACCCAGGGAUGGCUCUGCAGUGGAGAUAGUGGGUCUGUGUAAGUCUAUUGUACGCUGGCUUGUGAAGCUCCACAACAAUGGAAACUUCCCCUAUGCAGCAGUCAGCAUAUGCAGAGAAGGAGAGACAUAUUCUCUGUCAUAUGUGGAGUGGGAUCGUAUGAUCCAGGAAAACUUUGAGAAGAAGUUCUACAUUUCCCAUGAUCCCCUGGACCCUGAGGAGAAACACCCAGAGCUGGUCCACAAAAGAGGCAUCUACAAGGACAGUUUUGGGGCUUCCAGCCCCUGGUGUGACUACCAGCUGCGGCCUAACUUCCCUAUUGCCAUGAUGGUGGCUCCUGAGCUGUUCACUGUGGAAAAAGCCUGGGAGGCUCUGAGUGUAGCAGAGAGGAAGCUGCUGGGACCCCUGGGAAUGAAGACCUUGGACCCUGAUGACCUGGUGUAUCGUGGAGUCUACAGUAACAUGGAUAAUGAUAACUUCAACCAAGCUAUGGGCUUCAACUAUCAUCAAGGCCCAGAAUGGUUAUGGCCUGUUGGCUACUUCCUGCGUGCCAAACUUUAUUUUGCCAAGAAAAUGGGAAAGGAGACGUAUGAUAAAACUGUUAACCUGGUGAAAAACAUUCUGUCUCGUCAUGCUGUUCACUUGGAGAGGUCACCUUGGAAAGGUCUCCCUGGGCUGACCAAUGAGAAUGGCCAGCACUGCUCCUUCAGCUGUGAGAGCCAAGCCUCAUCCAUUGCUACCAUCCUGGAAGUCCUGUAUGACCUUUGACCGCUACACCCUGAGCUACAACAUCAACAAUGAUGCCCACCUGCCUCACAAACACAUAGCUCACUGUCAAUUAUGUGAGACUUCAUAUUUCCUACUGUAUAACUCUGUAUUUCCCAAAGAACAAGGUGUAUCUGGAUGUAUCUGAACCAAUACAAAUGUAUUAAAUACAGGAAUUUGUGUAUAAAUUAGAA